UUCAAAAAAGUUUUCCCCUUCUCACUCUCUUCUCAUUCUUUUUUCGAUGCCCUAAUCCCUCAAUUCUCAGUUUUCGACCAUAGAUUCGAUCGAAGGAGAUCAGAAUAAGGAGAUUUUCGCGCCAUGAGCUUCGUCGAUCGGUCGGCGUCGCUGCUGGCCACGUGCGGCGGCGACACCGUCAAGCUCUUCGACGUCUCCGUCGACUCCGGCGAUCCCUGCGCCCUCAGCUACUCGCCGACCCCUGGAUCUCAAGUUAACUGCGUCAAAUGGAACCACACUAAUCUUGUAGUUGCAAGUGCUGGAGAUGAUAAGAAGAUUUCGUUGUGGCGUAAAAAUGGUGAAAGUAUGGGGUCUGUUCCUUUCUCAGGGAAUGAGAAUGGUGAUGAUUUGGAGGAGUCUGUAGUAACUAUCAGUUUUAGCAACAAAAGUUCUAGGUACCUUUGUUCUGGGGGAAGUGGUCGGAUUGUUAGAAUAUGGGAUUUGCAAAGGAAGCGUUGCAUCAAAUGGUUGACUGGUCAUACUGACGCAAUAACUGGUGUUAUGUACAACUGCAAAGAUGAACAUUUGGCAUCAAUCAGUAUGAAGGGGGAUCUUAUUCUCCACAACCUUGCUUCUGGAGCAAGGGCUGCUGAACUCAAGGAUCCACUUGGCCAGGUAUUAAGGGUGCUCGAUUAUUCUCGACUUAGUAGGCACAUUUUGGUUACAGCAGGUGAUGGUGGAUCUGUACAUCUAUGGGAUACAACUGGUCGAGUUCCAAAGGUAUCAUGGCUGAAACAACAUUCUGCACCUAUAUCUGGUGUUUGCUUCUCACCAUCAAGUGACAAGAUCAUUGCCAGUGUUGGUCUGGAUAAAAAGUUAUAUACAUUUGAUUCCGGGUCAAGAAAGCCUACAUCAUGUAUUCCUUAUGAGGCACCCUUCUCUUCACUAGCAUAUAGCGACGACAGCAACAUACUAGCGGCUGGAACAAACAGCGGACGUGUAGUAUUUUAUGAUGUUCGGGGAAAACCUCAACCUUUUACUGUUCUUCGUGCAUAUGUUAGUUCUGAGGCUGUUACGAGUUUGUGCUGGCAGAGGUCGAAGCCUGUCAUUGUCAGUGAGAAUAAUUGCACUGCUGAAGCUGCUCUUCUUGGUGGUAUAAAUGAAGAUUCUGUUCUUAUGCCAGACCCACUGCCUUCCAUAGCAGUGUCAAACUUUACUUCAGCAGCUGCAUUGUCGAGCUCUCAUUCUUCAAUCAACAGAUCCACCAGUGGAUCUGUAUCAAGUGCCUCGUAUUCACCAAUGUUACCAGAGGAAACUCCAGCAAAGAGUCGCUUAUGGAAAGGUGGAUCUUUGUCAAGGCUACAUGCACCUCAUUCUGGCUAUGACACGAAGGACGAUAUGGAUGUAUUUUCUCCACUUGUAGACGUUCAGCCAAUUACUCCGUCUCUAAGCAACUGGUGGGAUGAAAAUGAUGCAAAAAAGGAUAAUGCUCUCCUUGAUAAGAAGUCUUCAAUCCUUGCUGCCUCCUCAAGGAGAUUCCCAUUUACUGAAGGCAACAGUGACUCUCAUCCGACCUCUGAUUGGUUGUCUGAUACAACUUCCAAACAGGAUGAUGAUCUUGCAUCAGAAACAAGUGCAACACCUGUUGCACCUUUGAAGAGCGACUCAUCAUUGUCUCCAACUCCUCCUGAAGCUUGGGGUGGAAAUGCAUUGCCUGACAAAUUAACCCAUCGCCAACAGCCAACCUCUAUGUUUUCACGUGGUUCUGUAUCAUUACCCUUCGACUCUACAUUUGCUGGCCUACAUGAUACAUCUUCAGCCAUUAGUCGCUCGACUAUAAACUCUUUGACAAGUACUAGAUCAAAAUCUACAAACUUGCAGAGCAGAGUUACCUUUGCAAGUGAGAGCUCUACUUUUUCAGAGUCUUCAUCUGUUUACAGUUCAAGUUCUUUUUCCACGUCAUUAGGGAGCAAAGUAAUGGCAUCAUCAGCCAAUACAGAGUUGCCAGGAUUAAUACAAUCAACACUUCCCCGGAGAUAUUCAACUUAUGCUGAAAGAAUAAGUACAACCUCGACGUUUGGCGACGGAAUAGGUUCGGCAAUGGGUUCACCAAAAUCAAAGAAAUCUGGUCUGGAAACUAGGGAAGCACUUUUAAACAACCUACAAUUAAGGCAAGAUUCAUCAACUUCCAUGGGAUUUGGGAGCCUUCCAGCAAUCAAUGGACAGGCGUCUCAAUUGCCACAGACCCUUGGUCAGCCUGUAGAUCAACAACAGGGUUUUUCUUCAUUUUCACUUCAGCUAGUACAACGAACUCUUGAAGAAACUUUGGGUUCUGUACAAAAGUCUAUUCAUGAGGAUGUGAGGAACCUUCACAUCGAGCUGCUAAGGCAAUUCCAUCUGCAGGAGACGGAAAUGACAAGCCUGCUGAAUUCAGUCCUAGAAAAGCAAGACGAGCUGAUGAAGGAAGUUCAAAAUCUGAGAAGGGAAAACCAGCAGCUCCGUCAGUUACUCUAGAUUCUUGGUCGAGGUUUUGUUCGCAUUUUAGAUGACGCUCUGCGGCUUGCUUGCAGCAAAAUUAAAGCUUGUCGUUUUCAGCUGAUUUGACAAAUCGUGUGGGAAUUCUUUAAUUUUUUUUUAUCUCUGUAGCAUUGUGUAUAUAAUAUAUCAUGUGGUAGAAAAUUCACGAGCAGAAAAAAAAAAGAGAAGACUUUCUUGGUUGUAAAAGAGGGGAAAAGCUAGUGUUAUAGAUUGUGAAUUUCCCAUGUCGGCUGAGGAGUACUCAGCACCUGAUUCCUACCUGUAUCUUGGUUGAUUAAUUGAUUUUGUCUCAGCAUUGAAGAUGUGAAAGAGUGGGGAAAAGCUAGUGUUGAUUGUGAA